AUGCGCCAAGCAAAAGUCACCCCGCUCCCAGAGGGGAUCAACUUAGAAGGGGAAACGGUGGUCAUUACGGGAGCCAGCGCGGGCAUGGGCCUCGAAACAGCCCGCCAAAUGCUACGAUUAAGGUGUUCUACCAUGGUUCUUGCCGUCCGGAAUGUUUCAAAGGGAGAGGAGUGCGUGCAGCAAUUGGAGCAAGACCCGGUCAUUCAAAGUAACAAGCCCACAAUCAAGGUCCUGAAACUGGAUGUCGGUCAAUAUGACAGCGUCCAAGAGUUCACCAAGGAAUUACAGCAGAAGAUCGAAGCAGUGGACAUCUUGAUCCUCAAUGCAGGGAUAGGCCGACUGAAGCUGGAGCGCAGCCCAACUGGCCAUGAGGAAACCCUUCAAAUCAACUACCUCUCGAAUGUUCUCAUCCUGUCUGAGCUUCUCCCUUACCUCGAAGCGAGCGCUGGGAAAACCGGAUCCCCAACUCGCAUAUCUUGGGUCGGCAGUCGCAUGCACGAGAAAGGACAUGACUUUGAGAAGAAAGGGCCUUUCAGAUCCGACGACUCUGUCUUUGCCCGCUUCGAUGAUGAGAAGCGGUUCAGCCGCUUCAGCUAUGCCAAUAGCAAGCUCCUCUGCGCCAUGUUCAUGUAUACGCUUGCGCCGCGUCUGGACCCGACGAAAAUUGUCCUGAACAUGUUUUGUCCUGGGAUGGUCAAUACGAACAUGAGUGAUUAUCUACCGUUACCCCUGCGCGUCGUAUUCGAAGGCGUCAAGUAUCUGAUGGGCCGCCCUAUCGAGGAUGGAGGAAAUAUCUACAUCAAUGCGGCUGUUGUCGCCGGGCCAGAGACUCAUGGAAAAUACCUGUAUGAUAAGGACAUCCAACCAGAGCCCAGCACCUAUAUCAAGUCAACCGUUGGGCAGGUGGUUCAGAAGAGACUGUGGGAAGAAACAAUGGAAGAGAUGAAGAAGAUCACAACGCUACCGUCUGAGUUUUGCUGA